AUGAAACCAACCUCUGCUUCUGCAGAACGACAAGAUGAGAAGCAACAGAAUAUUGAGAUCUUGGAAACCGCGAAUCCCAGAAAUACCGCAGACGAGCACAGUCCCAAUCCUGAAACGCUGCGAGUUCUCAAUUUUGCAAACGACGAUGAACCAUCUCCAUCAACACCCGGAAUAUUUGUUCUGAAACUGCCAAACCUUAGUCCAGAAUCAACAGAGCGAAUCUUUCCCAUCAGCUCAGUCGUGUCGGUCGAUUCAUCCGCUCCGCCAACACCGGCAGUGGAGAAUGCUGAGGAGCAAACCUCCCCUUGGGCUGAAAAUCCCCGUUCGACUAUUACUUUUAGCAAGCAGUCAGCAGGCCAACCUGCUACGCCAUCGCCAGAAGACCGCAAGGACACACCCUCGAUUCAGAGCACAGUAGAAGCCUCUGGCAGUUCUUUGAACGUGACUACCGGAAGCAGGAAGCGACCCCACUUGAAAAUUGACUUGGCCAGAAGAGCUACCGACAUAUCGUUCGAGGAUGCGAACCUGUCUUUCCAGGGGGGCUCUGGACUCGCGGAGCCAUCCUCUGCUGCAGCCCAGGAUUCGUACUUCGCAGGAGCAGGGUCCUGGAUCGACCAAGCUGGGGCAGCAACCUGGACACAAGAAAUGGAAGAUGACUCCAACUUCAAGCACAUUCAUGGUCUUGGUGCACUCGUAGUGCUACAAGAAUUCAAAGGAAGUCUCAUCGUCCAGGUUGCGAGCAAGAGCACCGAAGAAGUUCUAGGCUACAGACCCGAACAGCUUUUCAGGCUACCGAGCUUUUGCGAUAUUGUGCAGGAUGAUCAGAGAAAUGACUUUUUUGGCCGGUUUAACCUUGUUCGAGACAAGUGGUAUAAUGUCGAGGAGCAUGGCCCAGAUAUCCACGAAGUCGAUGUCCGCCAACGUUACGGGACACCGAGGCGGCUUUGGUGUACGAUGCAUGCUACAAAGGCAAACUCUGGCCAUAUCGUAUGUGAAUUCGAGUUGAUGAGAGCCGUUCUUGAUUAUUGGAGGAAAUCAGGGCCUUCAAAAUCGGUCUACGCAGUCUAUGACAACACAAGCGCAUACGAGAGAUCGGAUGAGAAGAAUAGCACUCCGAAUAUGCCCCCUGAGAUGCAAAACAUGCUGAGAGGAAUCAGAGGGAAUUUCCAGUCUGCGGAUAUGUUGAGCGCCUUGUCACUUGUUAUCCAGCUGGCCGCGAGCACCUCCUCCCUGAGCAUGCUUUUCAACUACUUUAUCGGCAUCAUUAGGGAAUUGACUGGUUUCAGCCGAGUGACAGUCUUUUAUUUCGAUCGUGACGGUAUUGCGAUUCCUAUGAACGAUGCCGUUGACUCACGCGUUAUUGCCAGUUUCCCAGAAGACCUGCAUUUCCCCAAACCGCUUUCUCCGAGAGACUUGGGAAGAUUUCAUUUGGGCAACAAAGUUUUUCUCGAGUACAGUCAUAGACAGUCACACACUGAGCUGGUUUACCGUGAUUCUGAGAAUUUGCCGAGCGAGUUUGAUCUAGACCACUCUUACCUGUUGGCGAGAUUACCGUACCUUCUGGAUCAUGUCACCGGAAUGCCCGUCUUUACUUGCAUGUCUAUCAAUAUAAAUGCCUUCGGACGUGCAUGGGGGCUUAUAAUGUGCCAGUCGUACGAGGAAGAGAUGCGGUUACCCCCUCCAGUACAAAAGUUCUUUUGGCUAGUUAGCGACACACUUUCAAGCAAUAUUGAGCGUCUUUCAAACACGAUGACUCCCCAGAUGCAGGGUCCUUUCAGUUCUUCACAUGACGGAGACGGGAAAGGUGAUAGCUUACAGGUCAAAGACUUAUUGACCUUGUUCGAGGCGGAUUAUGCCGCAUCCUCGAUGUUAGGUGAAACUAAAAUCCUUGGAAAGCCCCACGACGCGCAAGAAGUGCUCGCUUUGGUGGAAUACUUGAAACUGAAGGRGCUCGCUACUGUCUUGUGUUCAACGGACAUGAGUCGAGAUUUCCCAGACCUCAACUAUACCCCUGGUUUCAAGUAUCUAUCCAAUCUGCUGUAUGUGCCCUUGUCAACGGACGGUCGAGAGUUUAUAGUUUUCUUCAAGGCUUCGCAAUGCGGAGACACUUUAGGUGUUGGGACUGAUGACAAUGCUCGAUGCCUGGACCAAGGACAGCCAACAGAUCUUGGUUCAGAGGGGAAGGUGGUUGAUCGUGGGGCUGAUGUAUGGGAUGCAGGAGACUUACAGAAGGGCUCCUUUCUGUCCCUGAUAUACAAGGCGAUGUUGAAAGAGGUGUGGCAGCAAAAGGAAACAACGAUGCAAAGUACCCAGCUUAUGCGACUACUUCUGGCAAACUGCGCUCACGAGUUUCGAACACCGCUGAACGCGAUCAUCAACUAUCUUGAGAUUGCAUUGGAUGGAGAUCUAAAUCAAGAGACUCGGGAGAGUCUUUCCAGAUCGCAUUCCGCUUCAAAAUCCCUCAUUUACAUAAUCAACGAUCUCUUGGACCUCACAAACGCAGAGAAUGGAAUCAGCUUGAUCAAAGACGAGAAUUUUGAUCUUGUGGAGACCGUCCAUGAAGCCUCGCGUAUUUUCUGUGAAGAAGCGAGGCAGAAAGGUGUUGAGCUUCACGUUGUACAGUAUUCUGAUAUUCCUCCUGUGCUGGGCGACCAACGGCGAGUACGACAAGUCAUCACGAACCUCAUCAGCAAUGCUGUUCAACAUACAUCUUCGUUGGGAACCGUGACUGUCGAAUCAUGCUUGUUGCCUGAUUAUACCGAGACUGGGAAACUUGGAAUUGAAGUAGCUAUCCACGACACUGGAACUGGCAUGUCUCAGAACGACAUUGAAGCACUUUUCUGCGAAUUGGAGCAAGUUUCGAACAAAGAUUAUAUACGAAGUCGAAGUCCCCAGCGCUGCGACAAUGCCAUAAGGAGCGACAGUAGCGGCUCGAGGAACAUACUCGGGCUGGGUUUAGCCCUAGUUGCUCGCAUAGUUCGCAAUAUGAACGGUCAACUCAGCGUCAAGUCAGAGGAAGGCCAGGGGAGUUGCUUCAGGAUCAAAAUGCAGUUCCCUUUACCUAUCGACGAGUCCAACGAAGAGGAACCUGAUUCGGACAGAGCGUCGCCGGUUGACAAAGGAAAAGGGAGGCAAAGUGAAACUGAAGACGGCCAAAACGAGCCUUCCAAGGAAGAUGAGACAGUCUGCGGCGAAGAUGACCGAGCUCGGGCAGGGAAGAAUACUGCAUCCUCAGAAUGUACAGAUUCCACAAAACAUGAAAGCCAUACACCAGGGGAUACAGUAACAGCGGGUUCUGCUCAGCAUGACCCUGCCUCGAAGCAGAAAGAAUCGAGUGACGGGAAAUGGGAGAGCCCUGACACUCUACAUCCUGACAUAAGGACAAAGCCUGUGUCUACCGAGGAGGAAAGGCAAGCACAUCAACCGCAUCUAGGGUCCGCGUGGCAAUCUACAAGAGCUUUAGCCGAUGAACCGACCAAGCCAAUCGAGGAAACAGCGGUCGAAUCCUCAGAAAGGACGGCAGAGCAGAGUCAAACCAAAGCCCAAACUCAGUCUGAUAUUUCACGCAACGAGACUGCGGCUACUGGCAGUAACAGCCCUUACAAAAAGAAUCUCCACAUCUUGGUAGCCGAGGACGAUCCGACAAACAGCGCAAUCUUACGCAAGAGACUGGAAAAGUCGGGGCAUACCGUCCAUAUGACUGAGAAUGGGAAAGAAUGUGCUUCUGCAUUCCAUGGCAAUGCGCACUCAUUUGACGCUGUCCUGAUGGAUAUACAGAUGCCAAUCGUCGAUGGCAUGGGAUCGACCAAGAUGAUACGAGAAUAUGAAGAGAUGGCAGCAGCUUCGACUUCUGUUUCAGCAACGUACCAGCCUCGGCGGAUUCCGAUAUUCGCUGUCUCGGCAUCUCUGGUGGAGAAGGACCGCCAGACGUAUAUCGACGCGGGAUUCGACGGGUGGAUCAUGAAACCGGUUGAUUUCAAACGUGUCGUCCAUCUUCUGGAUGGAGUGUGCAUGGAAGCGGCCCGUGAGGACAGUCUCUACAAGCCUGGCAUGUGGGAGAAGGGAGGCUGGUUCGACAAGGGUGGUGAGAGCUAA